AGAGAGAGAGACCCAGGAUUUUGAGCCCAACUGUCUUCUUCUGCCUCUUUGAAAUCGUCUUGGGGUUCAUGGUGACAUAGGGACCCCAGUUUCGGCGCCGGUGAGACUCGCUGCUCCGCUUCGUGGGGAAGAGAGGAAGAGGGGCCAGCUGCUGAUGAAGGAGCUCAGAGAUGCGUGUUCACACUGGAGAGUUUAACCUGAGCAGCCGGGGGUGUGCCUCUGGAUCCAUAAAUGAGACUAAAGCGAUGGGAGAAAGGAAAAUACAAGGGGCUGAGGGCCAUCUACAACGUUGUCUCCAGAGAAAAUAAGCACAAGCCAGUCUGAAGUGGUGAAACGCUACGACUCCAACGCUUCUCUACAGGAAACUCCUCCAUAAGUGCAUAUGCUGCAGCUGGAAUGGAAUGAUCACUGGUUGGAGUGAAAUCUCCAGCUAAUGUGAAAAAAAGAUCAGCAACUUUUUUGGAUUCGACUCGGGACAUCUAUUGCACCUUGUCUACACAACAGAAACAGCUGACUAUCCUGCCAGAAUACUGUGAGGCUCAGUCCAGCCUAGUAGAAACUAAAAGUGACAUCCCAAGCUGAUAGCUACUGGCUUUGUUCAUGGCUUCCAGGAAGGCAUCCAUGGCUUGUAGUGGUGGCAUGGUGAUGAGUGCCUUCUUCUGGUCUGUGGCCAUAAUCUAUCUGACUCACAUAGGUGGAGUGAGGGGGGACUGCUGGCUCAUUGAAGGGGAAAAGGGCUUUGUGUGGCUGGCCAUUUGCAGCCAAAACCAGCCGCCUUAUGAGGCCAUCCCCCAGCAUAUCAACAGCACCAUUGUGGACCUUCGCUUGAAUGAAAAUAAGAUAAAAAGUAUCCAUUAUUCUGCCCUCAGCCGCUUUGCCAACCUAACAUACCUGAAUCUAACUAAGAAUGAGAUUAGCUAUAUAGAGGACGGGGCCUUUUCAGCCCAGUUCAACUUGCAGGUACUCCAGAUGGGUUUCAAUAAACUGCGCAACUUAACUGAAGGGAUUCUCAGGGGGUUGGGCAAGCUGCAGUACCUCUACCUCCAGGCCAACCUGAUUGAGACUGUGACACCCAAUGCCUUUUGGGAGUGCCCAAACCUAGAAAACAUAGACCUCUCCAUGAAUCGCAUCCAGGUGCUAGAUGGGUCCACCUUCACCAGCCUGACUAAGCUGACCACGUGUGAGCUCUACACCAACCCCUUCAACUGCUCCUGUGAGCUGCUGGGGUUCGUCAAGUGGCUCUCGGUCUUCCCUAACAGGACAAAUGAACGAAUGGUGUGCGAUUCCCCUGCAGGCGUUUCUGGUUACAGUCUCCUGAGCCAGAAUCCAAACAAUCCUACUCAGCGCAAUGCACUGCAUAUGCUGUCCACUGUGUGUACGGAGGACUACGUGACUCCGUAUAUCCCUGUGCCUCCUGAGACCACAACUUACCCUCCAGAUGCUACUCCUUGUGGACUGGAGGACUGUCCGUCUGGUACUGAGCCAGAGGAGAUAAGCAUUAGCCCAACCUACCCAGAUGUGGAUAUGAAACCAGUCAUGAAGCUCAAGCAAGUAUCCCACACAAAUGCAGUCAUCACCAUUCAGAUCCCUCACCCAUACAAGAAAAUGUACAUUCUUGUUUUGUAUAACAACAGCUUCUUCACAGACAUUCAGAAUCUGAAACGGCAGAAGGAGGACAUUGAACUGAAAAACCUGAAACCCCACACUGAUUAUACAUACUGCGUGGUUUCCAUACGCAAUUCUUUGCGUUUCAACCAUACCUGUCUGACAUUAUCCACAAGUUCCAGAAAUGGGAGAGCAAAAGAGACUAGUAAUGCCACCGCCACCCACUACAUAAUGACCAUACUGGGAUGCCUUUUCAGCAUGGUAAUUGUCUUAGGAGUGGUUUACUAUUGCUUACGAAAGAAGAGGCAGCAAGAUGAAAAGCACAAAAAGGCAGGCAGCAUGAAAAAGAACAUAAUAGAGCUCAAAUAUGGCGGCGAACUGGAGGGAGAGACUAUAUCGAGGAUGUCUCAGAAGCAAAUGAUGGCUGGAGAGAGUAUGUCUCGCAUGCCAUAUUUGCCCUCUGGGAGUGAGAUGGACCAGUACAAACUUCAGGACAUCAGUGAUACACCAAAAAUGGCAAAGGGCAAUUACAUGGAGGUGAGAACAGGGGAACACCCAGACCGCAGAGAGUGUGAGAUGGCCAUGCCAAGCAAUAGCCAAGGCUCUGUUGCGGAGAUCUCCACAAUUGCGAAAGAGGUGGACAAAGUCAACCAGAUCAUUAACAACUGCAUAGAUGCCCUGAAGUCAGAGUCAACCUCGUUCCAAGGAGUGAAAUCUGGAGCUGUUUCAACAGCAGAGCCUCAGCUAGUUCUGAUCUCAGAGCAGCCCCAGAGCAAGUCUGGCUUCUUGUCCCCAGUCUACAAGGACAGCUACCACCACUCUUUACAAAGACACCACUCCUCAGACACCUCCCCAAAGCGACCCAGCACAGCCACUGGUGGUCCUAUGCGGAGUCCGAGGCCUUAUCGCUCUGAGGGAGCAUACAAGUCAGAGUCGAAGUACAUCGAGAAGACUUCACCAACAGGUGAGACCAUCAUGACUAUCACUCCAGCAGCUGCAAUACUUAGAGCAGAAGCAGAGAAGAUCCGGCAGUACAGUGAGCAUCGGCACUCCUAUCCCGACGCCCAAAUCGAGGAGCUGGAGGGGCCAGAGAGCCGCAAAACGUCCAUCCUGGAGCCCCUGACGCGGCCUCGGCCCAGAGACUUGGCUUACUCUCAGCUCUCACCCCAGUACCAUAACCUCAGCUAUUCCUCCAGCCCCGAGUACUACUGUAAACCAUCGCAUAGCAUCUGGGAGCGCUUCAAACUCCACCGCAAACGCCACAAAGACGAGGAAUACAUGGCAGCAGGCCAUGCCCUGCGUAAAAAAGUGCAGUUUGCGAAAGAUGAGGACCUGCAUGACAUUCUAGAUUACUGGAAAGGUGUAUCCGCCCAACAUAAAUCUUAAUCUACCCAAGUGUUUGUUCAAGUCUUUCUUUUUGUUGUUUGACCACAAGAACUGAGAGCGCGAGUGAUGCAGUCUAAUGACAUUUUAUUGGAGAACUACAACAACACAGCCAACUCUGACUGGGGGGGGGGUAAUUGGGAAACCAAGUUAGUUUUGUGAGUUUACCAAAUUUAAAGGACAUUAAGCAACAAGAAGAGAACACACCGCAAAUUGAAAAAUAUCUAUGUUCAAGUGGAUUAUAAGUAUUUGGUUCCGCAUGGCCAAGUCCUGUGACAAUGGAUUUGCUACUGUGUACGGUGAGGAAAAAAAAUUAAAAAAAGAAAAAAAAAAAGAGAAAAAAUACUACAAUGACAUCUGAAAACUUUGUAUUUCUUCUCACUGUACACUAAUUAAUGAACAGUUCUCUCUAUAUAUUUGAGUUAUAAAUACAAAGGGACUAAUGUACAGAUAGUGUUUCUAUAUUUGCAAGGUUUGCUGGUGAAAAGAGGAGAAAUAUAUAUGACAUGUAUGAUUCAGGUUUAGAUCACGGAAUUUGGAGUCAGCUCCUGUGAAAUUAUUUGUUCUUAAUGAAUGUUUGAGUGUCAUGAUGGAUAAACUUUGCACUGGUUUCUGGAAUGGUAUACUCCCCUUCAAACUGCUGUUUACUCUAGCCUGCUUUGUCAUUCUCUUUGUUUUGUCACUAAACAAAAUGCACAAUAUUCCAAAAUUAUCAAAGGCUGGUAAAAUUGUAUAAAUUGUAACUACACAAUGGAUCAGUGGGAUCUGAAACAUCUGCAUGGUUGAGUUACAGUUUCAAAGUGGGAAAAAUCUACAGAAUGAGUUGGGGAAAGAGAGGUUCAUAUGUAACCAAAUGAUGACAGCAAUGGAAAACCUUCUCAGUGAAAUUCAUUUCUGUACUCUUUGCAUUUGUAAUUUGCCUAUUAGUAACUUUGCCCCCAGAUACUUCCUUUUGCUUCAACCUUGAAAUGCCUACUGUUGUAAAGACUUACAGUAUCUUACAGUAUCUGAUGGUCAACCAAAGUGCUUGGGUGGCAGCUCAUCACAUUUUUUCCUGCAGAUGUUUCUUCUAGUCUCCAGCCCUGAGGAUGAAUGUAUUACCUACAGUACAUGAAGGUAUAAUGCAGCCCUUUUCACAGCUGCAUGUUUUGUUAUUCAUACUUCUUUUCAAUUACUUGCCAGUUCUCUUUCGACAGUACUAAACCAACCAGAAAAUAAUAAUAAUAAUAAUAAUAAUAAUAGAUAUUUAUAAAAUUAUGGGUAUCAUUUUAGUUGUUUUCUACUGUUGGCAGACACAAAUGCUUUUGUAAAUGUUGAAAGUGGCUAAAUGGAAAAGGGGACAUAGCUACGGCACUGAUCAGGAGCAUCAGCUGUGCAAGAAGAGAAAGAGAGAGAGAGAGACAGAGAGGGAGAGAGACAGAGAGAGAGAGAGAGAGAGAGAGAGAGAGAGAGAGAAAUGGGGGGUGGAAAGAGAGAGAGACAGAGAGAGAGACAGAGAGAGAGAGAGACUGAUUUCCUCCUGCCCUGACCUGUCACCACUGGAUUUGUAUAUCACCUGAACAGUGUUACAGGAAGUGACUGGGACAUCCAAUUUCUUAUUUCAACCGCCUUAAACUUCUGGAAUAUAUGUAUAACUGUAUUUUUUCUUUUUCUUUAAGUGUUGAUGUUUUUGAAAAAGUCUUCAUUUGUUGUCAUUUUUUUAAAGAAAAAAAAAAACAAGCAUUUCAAUAGAUUCUGAGAGCUGUCCGAUUUAUAGGCAAUCUAGCGAGUAACCUACAUGUUUUUAUAUUGCAUAUUGUAGCACUCCUGUAUCUCAUAAAAGUUAGAAACGUUUGGACAAUGUGAAACGGAAGCAGACAUACAUCAAGAGACAACCAAGAGCACAAUAAAGUGUUAUUUUUAUUUCUUAUUACUAUGUUACCUGCUUUCAGACAACUACUGUGAAAUAAAGGAAAGGGAACACCCAUA